AAUUUCACUAACGGCCAUUUCCCUUUCUUCUUCUUCAACUUCUCUCUACAAAAUCUCAUAUAUAUAAUUUCCUCUAAAUUUUAAUUUUCACCAUAUAACUAGCAAAUAGCAAUGGCAACCCUUACUCCAGGUAUCCUUUUAAAAUUACUUCAGUCAAUGAACACUGGUACACGUGUCACCGGCGACCACCGUACACCGCUACUACAGGUGAUCGGAAUAGUUCCCGCACUCUCCACAACUGAUAAUUCCCUGUGGCCUCACAAUGGGUUCUACGUGCAACUCUCCGAUUCCCAUAACUCAUCCUACGUGUCCUUAUCAGAUCGUGACACGGAUUUAAUCCUAACAAACAAGCUUCAACUCGGUCAAUUUGUUCACGUUGACCGGUUUUGCUUUGAAUCUCCACCGGUCCCACGUGCUAUUAAUGUUAGACCUAUUGCUGGUAGACACGGCUUCAUUGGCUCCCCAGAACCGUUAGUUGCGAGGAUUUCGAAUGGAGGGUUUCUCAUCCAACCCGUUUCGGAUUCGGAUCCUAUUUCUGUUUAUUUGUCGAAAAAUGGAGCCGGGUCGGGUAGGAGCGGAUCCAGCUCUUCAGGAACCCAUAAACUUCAAAUGGAUGCGUCUCUAGGUUCGGGGCUGAAUUCAAAAGAUGGGAAGGAAAAAGUCAAGGUUAGAGAAGUGCUUGCACAAAAAGAAAAUGUGGAAUUGAACAAAAAUUCUUCUGAAAAAGUUCAACCACCAAAAAGAUUUUCAUCUCCGGCGUCAGUGAAGCAAAGAUCAGUAUCGGCAGGGAAGAAAAAUGUGAGUGGUGGUGGUGAAAGGGAUCCAUCACCAGCUGGGAAAGUGAAGAGAUCAGCAUCACCAGUGCCAUCAAAAACUGUAGUGCCAAGUUUAGUAGCUGCAAAGGAGGAAAACAGAAGGACGUCAAAGGAAGCAGCUAUCAUAGUUCCAUCGAGGUAUCGGCAACCAUCACCUACAGCAGGGAGAAGGCAAGCAAGUCCAUUGGUGGCGAGAAGGAUGUCGUUAUCGCCUGGCCGACGAUUAUCUGGUGGUCUUAAGGGUGGGGAUUCUUCUGGAAAGAAGAAAAUGGCUGCUAUUGCUGCUGGAAUCUCAAAAGUUUCGGAAGCAAUUGUGGGGUCCGGUAAAUCAAGUAGAAAGGGUUGGGAUGAAGGUCCAGCAAGUAGUGGUGACUCUUUUGAACAACCAGAGAAGUUUUUUUCAAAGAAAAAGCCGGAUAUUCAGGCAAUUCUGAGAACACAGGCUGCUAUUUCUAGGCGUUUGAGUGAUGUAAGCUGUCAUGCUGAGGAUUUUGGAAGUGACGGGAAAGUAAAAUCUGGUGUUGCUGAAAAUUCCCCCGACUCUGAAAAGCCUAAUAAUGCAGCUCCAGUUAUUCCAGUUCAUGAGAAGAAGUGGACUGAUGGCAGUAUAUCACUGCAUUCUAUGUCCUCAGAACUCGCGAAGCUUGGAAAGGAGGCUAUGCAAAGGAGAAUAAUUGCUUCAACAGCUGCAGCUGAAGCCUUGGAAGAGGCCCUUGCCACUGAGACUAUUGUUAGAAAUUUGAGUAUGUUUGCAGAUCUACACUCAACAUCCAACCCUAAAAACCCUCUACCAACAAUUGAUCGUUUCAUGUCAAUAUACGAAGAAGUAGUGAAAUCAACAAGUGUUGCUGAAUCAAUCACCAGCUGUCGUGGUGUCCAAAAAUCUAUCGAGAAUAUGACUACGGAACAACCAAAAUCAUCUCUUCUUUGGGUGGAGGCUGCUCUAGCAACUGAUCUUGAAAUCGUAUCUCUCUUAACAAAUCAGAACAGUGGAACUCAAUCAGCAUCAGCAAAAAGCUCUCCAACAUAUCAAUCGACAAAAGCAUCUAAUAAGAAUCCUUUGAUGGUUUCAACAUUAACUGGAACUUGGACACGGGGUAAUGGGAUGAAUGAGACAGUAGGACUUGCAAAGAAGUUGCAAUCCGAGAUGCAAAUUUGGUUCAUCACUUUCGUUGAAGAGUCGUUAGAUGCAGGUUUUCGUGUGUUCAAGAAUUGCUCCUCCCUGGCUUCUGAUGGAGCUUCCUCCAACUGUGGUUCAAUUACAGCUAUUUUGUCACAACUCAAGAGAGUCAAUAGCUGGUUGGAUCGGGUAGUCUCUAAAAAGGACGAGCAAUUGAUACAGAAGACUGAAUGCUUGAAGCGGAAAAUUUAUGGAUUUGUCAUUCAGCAUGUCGGAACGACUGCUGAAAAUUCAAUCCCUUCAUCUUAAGUUUUGUGUUUUUAUCUUUCUUCAAUGUAAGGAUGAUAACUACUAUGUCGUCACUUAUAACUGGAGUUGAAGAAAUUCUUCACCUCCAUGCUUUAGGC